ACGGCCGGGCAGAGGGACAUCAGGACAGAGCCGCGAGCAGGAAUUCCACAGUCCCUCAGCACAGAGGACACGAGACAGACCCGAGCACAUCUCCUCGGAGCCUGCACUCCACCCGAGGGGCACUUUAAUCUCAAACAAACAGGACAACAAGAUUAAGACUUUCGGAUUUAUUGCACACCUUUCGUGGUGACACAAAGAGAAUUCCUCAAGGACACAUUUUAUGAGAGUGGCAGACAUUUGAACUGGAGUUGCGCACUGCUCCGAAUGGACGGAUUCUUCAUUUAAUUGCGCUUUGUGUUUCGGGUUUUCCCAGAAAUCCGCGGAAGACGAACUGAACAGCUCUAGCCUGUUGAAAGAAGGAAAAUUGGACAUAUUUUUGGACAAGUUGGCGGAAUGGUAGAGGACUUUUGGGAAAGGGUUUUGAACGAUUGCGUCUGGCGAGUGGAGAUGCCAACUUUACAAAGAUUUGUCAAGGCCUGAGGCAUCAUCAACAUCUAUCUGGAUCAGCGAACCAAAGCUGAUUCUCAUCCUGAACAAGAAGCACAGCAGGCUUUGGCCCACUUCAGAAGACCUUUCUUUGUCAUCCAGAAGAGGCAAUUGACUUCAAGACAGGGGCGCAAGAGAAAGUGAGCUUGCUCUUUAGCCCUUAUUUCCAUUGGACAGUGUGUAUGACCAUGAUAUCCAAAGUCUUGAGGACCUGUCCAUUUUCACUCCAGCUCCUCCCUCUCCUGUUGCUGUUGUGGCUGGGUGGUCUCAGCACUGCACCCUCUGGCCCAGAGUCAGACACCUGCUCCACUCUAGUCCAGAACCGCUUCUUUGGCUUCUUUUUUUCCUCAUUUGCCUUUCCUAAUGCUCCUUGCUCCUGGACACUGCAGAAUCCAGACCCAAGGCGCUACACUAUUUUCAUCAAAGUCACCAAGCCUACAGAAGACUGUGUGCCUCAGCAACACCGUACCUUCCAAUACGACUCCUUCCUGGAGACCACACGUACCUACUUGGGCAUGGAAAGCUUUGAUGAAGUAGUGAAACUGUGCGAUGCCUCCACCCACAUGGCCUUUUUGGAAGCAGGGAAGCAGUUCUUGCAGAUUCGGAAAGGACCGGCAAGAGGGGGUUCAGGUCAAGAAGAGGGGAAUGGGGAGUUUAAGGUGGAGUACUUGGUGGUAGGCAAGCGGAACCCCAGCAUGGCGGCCUGCCAGAUGCUGUGCCAGUGGUUGGAGGACUGCUUGACAUAUAGCACUUCCAACCGUCCCUGUGGCAUCAUGCAGAUUCCCUGUCAGUGCGUGAACACUCCACUGCAUGACAAAGAGGGCAAUGGAUGCUACAGAGAUGGAGUCUACCUAGAGAACUGUUAUCCCACUGUGAAAGGAACACCAUCUGACACAGAUAACCAUGGAGGCUGGAGUAGCUGGGGGAACUGGGGAGAAUGUAGCACUGAGUGUGGAGGUGGUGUUCAGACACGCACACGUGUGUGUCAGUCACCUCCGGAGGAGGCGUACCUGUGUGCUGGAGUGCUAGAAGAGGGCCAUCCUUGUAACCCUCAACCCUGCAUUGGCUACAGCCAGUACUCAUCUAAAGCGAAGGUUUUAAGCACACUGAAAUAUACUGGACUGGAGGACACCAAUCUUGGCAAAGGCCGAUACAGCUCUCGUAGCCAAUCUCUGCGAUCGGCGGACAGCCGCAAACGAGAGGAUGUGGACAAGAGCCGUGCUGGACAGCAGUCUCCUCAGACAGUGCACGGUGCAUGGGAUGAGUGGUCUCCAUGGAGCCUGUGUUCUUCUACCUGUGGCCGUGGAUAUAGGGACCGUACGCGCACUUGCAAGCCACCGCAGUUCGGAGGUGAUGAAUGCGUGGGCCCAGAGAAACAGACCAAAUUCUGCAACAUCGCUGUCUGCCCAGUGGAUGGUGUGUGGAAUGAAUGGUCCAGUUGGAGUACUUGCUCAGUUUCAUGUUCAAAUGGGACCAUGCAGCGCACACGCGAGUGUAAUGGCCCAUCAUACGGUGGCUCAGAAUGUCAGGGUGAGUGGCUGCAGAUGCGUGACUGCUUCCUGAGGGAGUGCCCUGUGGAUGGACAGUGGCAGCAGUGGAGUUCAUGGUCGAGCUGUACAAAGACUUGUGGUGGGGGGAGCCAGCAGAGGCAGAGAGUGUGCUAUGGGCCCUUCUUUGCCGGGGAGCCUUGCCCAGGUGAUCGCAUGGAAACACAGCGUUGCAAUGAGAAGAGAUGCCCAGAACCACAUGAGAUUUGUGAUGAGGAGAACUUCUCAAAUGUAGUGUGGAAGAGAACUCCUGCUGGAGAUACAGCAGCUGUACGUUGCCCACCAAAUGCUGCUGGCACCAUAUUUCGUCGCUGCUCUCUGGAUGAAGAGGGAAUUGCCUACUGGGAAAGCCCCUCUUAUAUGAAGUGCAUCUCGAACGACUAUCGCAGCAUCCAAACACUGACCCGUGACCACCUGUCAAAGGCACAGAGAGGGCUUGUGGGAGAUGGAGUUUCAGAGGUUAUGAACAAACUAAGGGUAACUUCCAGUGAGGGGACCAGCUACAGCGGAGACUUGCUGGCUAUAAUCGACAUCCUGAAGAACAUGACAGAGAUAUUUAGGAGGUCCUACUACAGCCCCAGUAGUGCUGACAUGAGGAACUUUGUUCAGUCCGUUAGUAACCUGCUGAUGGAAGAAAACAGAGAGAGAUGGGAAGAAGCACAGCUGCUAGGUCCUAAUGUUAAAGAGCUCUUUCGUCUGGUGGAAGAUUUCAUUGACGUCAUAAGUCUCCGAAUGAAGGACUUUCAAGAUAACUAUGAGGUCACAGACAACCUUGUGUUGAGCCUUCACAAGCGACCUGUUGCAGGCAACACUGAUAUCAGCUUUCCAAAAAAGGGCUGGAUGGGCAUGGAGGACUGGGCUCGCAACUCUGAAGACAAGGUCAUCAUCUCGAAGAGCAUUGUCUCCUCCGGUAACCCAGCUGAAGAUGAGGCUUCAGCGUUUGUAACUGGCAUUGUCCUCUACCGAAACCUUGGCAGUAUCCUGUCUCUUCAGAGAAACAGCACUGUGCUGAACUCCAAGGUGAUCUCUGUGACGAUCAAACCCACUCCUAUUUCUCUCUCUGCCCCAGUGGAGAUUGAGUUCUCACACCUUUACAACGGCACGAACAACCAAACAUGCAUUUCCUGGGAUGAGAGUGACAGCUCGUCGCCGCUGGGCUCGUGGUCGGCGCGCGCUUGCAGAGCUGUGCCCGUGCACGCCUUCAGGACCAAGUGCGUGUGCGAGCGCCUCUCCGCCUUCGCCAUUUUGGCCCGCCUGAGUCCCGACGCGAGCAUGGAUCCAUCCAAGAGCCAGCUUCCGUCCGUGACGCUGAUUGUGGGCUGUGGGGUCUCCUCACUCACACUCCUGCUCCUCAUCAUCAUCUACGUCUCUGUGUGGAGGUACAUCCGAUCUGAACGCUCAGUCAUUCUCAUCAACUUCUGCCUGUCCAUCAUCUCCUCAAAUGCACUAAUCCUCAUUGGUCAAACUCAGACACGAAACAAGGUUGUUUGUACUCUUGUGGCUGCUUUUCUGCACUUCUUCUUUCUCUCCUCCUUCUGUUGGGUUCUGACGGAGGCCUGGCAGUCUUAUAUGGCUGUGACUGGCCGUUUGAGAAACCGUAUCAUACGCAAACGCUUCCUCUGCUUGGGAUGGGGCUUACCUGCUCUUGUUGUGGCCAUCUCUGUUGGCUUUACCAAGGCUAAAGGAUAUGGUACUGUUAACUACUGCUGGUUGUCUCUGGAAGGAGGGCUCUUGUACGCAUUUGUGGGACCAGCUGCAGCUGUAGUCUUGGUUAACAUGGUUAUCGGGAUUCUGGUUUUUAACAAACUGGUGUCCAAAGACGGCAUUACUGAUAUGAAACUGAAAGAGAGGGCAGGUCAGAUGACAGUGCCACUGUACAAUAUGACGCUCAAAUGUGCCAAGUGCGGAGUUAUCUCGUCGGCCGACCUUUCCACCACAGCUACCAGUAACGCCAUGGCAUCUUUGUGGAGUUCAUGUGUGGUUCUGCCACUGUUAGCACUCACCUGGAUGUCUGCAGUGUUGGCCAUAACUGACCGCCGCUCAGCUCUCUUCCAGAUCCUCUUCGCCAUCUUUGAUUCCCUCGAGGGCUUUGUCAUUGUGAUGGUGCACUGCAUCCUGCGCAGAGAGGUUCAAGAAGCAGUGAAGUGUCGAGUUGUUGACCGCCAGGAAGAUGGAAAUGGCGACUCAGGAGGCUCUUUCCAGAAUGGUCAUGCGCAGCUCAUGACUGACUUUGAGAAGGACGUCGACAUUGCUUGCAGAUCAGGUCCCGGUAAGCGCUCUUCCCUGCAGGGUGAGGAGAAGUUGGCCCCUCAGCAGCUCACAGUGCAGAAAGGCUCCAACUUCAAUACGAUGCCUGCCAGCAUGGCCAAAGUACACCUUCAGAACGUGGCAGAAUAUGGCAGCCACACGCUCACACUGCGCCGUGACAAAGGAGCUACAGCAGGCAUCAGCACUGAGCUGCCUGGUGCAAAGGCCAUUUACGUAUGUGAUGGAGAGCUUUUCAAGCAACUGGAGGGGGACAGCGUGGGUUCUGAGGGAGGUGGAAUGACACAAGGCUACAACAACAAUACCAUCACUGCCACCACCCUCAGGACAAGCAAGCCAACCAAAGAGGACUCCAAGUACAACAUCAGCAUCGAGCAUGUGCCACAGACCAGACUCAUCCAUCUGAGCAACACAGCUAGCACAGAGCCUGUGCCAGGAUAUGGGCUAAAGAGUUUUCCUGCUGAACGGGUGAAUGUGCCAUGCUCAGAGAAGGACUCCCCCUUGCAGAACAUCUCCAGCGAGGCACACAGGACUAACAGCACAUUAGAUCCAGUGGACCCAGGGAAUUCAGGCGUGAUGUCGAAGAGCGAGACCAUCUCCACACUGUCCAUGAGCUCCUUAGAGAGACGAAAAUCACGGUACGCAGAGUUGGAUUUUGAGAAGAUCAUGCACACGAGAAAACGCCACCAGGACAUGUUCCAGGACCUGAACAGAAAAUUGCAGCAUGCUGAGAAAGACAGAGAAUCUCCACCGGUGGACAGCAAGCCUGGGAAGAGGUGGAGCGUGUCAUCUGGAGGCAGUGAUAAGACCAACCUUAGCGAUAAGCAGCAGACACCCAGCAAGCGGGCAUGGGAGGGCAUCAGGAAGACUCACUCUCCCCCAUCAUGGGUGCGGAAGGAGCUGGAGCCAUUACAGGCUUCUCCUCUGGAGCUGCAGGCUGUGGAGUGGGAGAAGACCAGCGCCACCAUACCACUGGUGGGCCAGGAGAUCAUGGACCUGCAGACUGAAGUCUGAGCAGCCUACAGCUCCUCACAGAGGUGUAGGGAUAAAACUCCUCUGGCAGGGAAAAAGAGAGAGACAUACAGGGAGAGUGAGAUGUGAAAGAGCGAUGAAACAGGGCAAUUUUGCUGGUGUAUAAUUUGUUUUAUUUUGAUGCUGGAAUGUCAAUCAUAAUACUUGGGGAAAAAAGUGGCCUGAACAUGUUGUUGUGUAAAUGGCUUGGCAUUGCUCAGACUGUUGAGACUGGGUGAGUGCAGUGUUGGCAUUUUGGGGUGUUUCUAUGGGAACAAAAUGGGAAAAGAGAAACAGAAAUUCAGGUGGUUGGAUGGAGGAUCCUGAAUGUGUGGCCUUCAGUUUCUUACAUUUUUUUGAACUCACACACACACACCUAUUUCAGACCAUUAUGGAUAAAGGAUGUUUGGAUUAUUAACCACAAGGAGCCUUUUAGCAAAGGUAUCUUGAAAACAAAUGGUAUGAAAAGCCAGAAAACCUCAUGGGCAGUCCAUAUCCUUUAACUGUCAUCAUGAAUGUAAUAUUUUAUUAUUAUUAUUAUUAUUAUUAUUAUUAUUAUUAUUAUUAUUAUUAUUAUUGCUCAUGUGCCACAAAAGAUUCUGUGCUGCUUUGGCUAUGAUGGGUGGCAUGAUGGUAAGGUCUCCAUUACCCAAAUAUAAAGCCCAAAGCCAUCAGAACAUGACUGUUAAUGAGAGGAACAACUGCCCAUACUCUCCCCACUAUCACAAAAUGAGAGAUUUGACCACACAACCCUCCUCAACCUAAAGCGCCUGUGUCAGUGCCACUCCUAUCUCCAAAUGAACCAGUGAACCAUCCAAUACAUGCCAACCAUCCAUGGAUUCUUUAGAAACAUCUGUGCAAGUCUGCAGUUUUACUCAGCAGCAUCUCAUUAACUGACUCAUUCGAUCCUGUUGGUGGCUUUUUCAGUCCAGAUGUGAACAGAAAGGACAUGUCGUGGUGGAUGAGAACAUAAUACCCAUCUGUGCUGUGCCCAUGGCAUGUAAGCAUGAUGCUCUUCACUUUAUGGUGAUGCCUUGACAAGCUUGUCAGAACUCUUAAAGGUGUCAAUCACCGUAAGCAAGAGAAAGUGAAAUGAAAGUACUCAGAGAUUGUUUUGAAGGUCAGGGGAACGAAUAUACAAUAUACGUUUAAUGUAUCUUAUAAUUAGAUAUGAAGAGUAUAUGAAUUUGCAGAGAGUUUAUGUGAUGACAUAACGAUGGUUGCACACAGAGAAAGCACAAGGCUCACUCUUCAGAGUCCUGUUGUAUUGUACAGCAUUGUAAUUAUUUCCAAAAGAGUUCUACACAAUGAAUUUUAGCCUAUAAAUAUCUUUCUUACUGUGCUUGGGGAAUAUUGUUAUUCUUAUUAUAAAAAUCAUUACACAAUCCCCAAAUCUUGUCAGGUUACUGGACUAUAUGAGUGUUCUGUAACUUUAUGUAACAGUGUGUGUUUUAAUAUCACUGACUGUCACUCAAGAAGAUCUGUACUUGUCUAAACUUCCUGUUCCCACCAUCUCCUCCCCACUCUCUCUUUUUUUAGUUCACUGGGUCUUUUUUGUUAAUGUACAGUUUUCAGAGCACAAGAUGAAUGUGUCAUAUUUCUAAUAAAAUGUCUAUAAUCGUU